UAAGGGGAACGCGGUCCGGCCCCUCCGCUUCUCGCCUCGAUGGGGGCGGUUCCCUUCGACCCGUUACAGGCUCAGCCCGGCUUGGGAUGGAGGAACCCCAAAGCUCGUCUGAAGCCGUGGGCAGGACGCCCUCGACUGGAGCAGGUUGCUCCAGCUCCUGUGUCCAACCUGGCCUUGAACACUGCCCCAUUCCUACUUGCUCCGGUAGGAAGAGCACAAAUGGAAGCAGGUACAAGUUCUGAAGCAAAUGAACGCGAAGCAGAAGAGCUCCAGGUGGGUUUGUGCUGCAGUCGAGUCCUCCAGCCCCGCUCCCAGCGGGUGAUGUUCUGGGAGAUGAGCUGAAGCGGCCUCUAGAUGUCACCGCCGCUCUGCGGUGCUGCGAGAGGGGACGUGGUGCUGCUGCUUCGGGCUGGGUUUUGCCAGAGGGAAGCCUGGCGAGAGCAUUCCAAUGGGUUCUUGUGUGUUCCGUGUCCCGCCCGACUGUUCUCUCCCAGUUGUUCUCUUCCAGACUUCAGCAACGUGAUCAGUAAGAGUGAUGUCAAGUCUUUAGCUGAGGCUGAUGAACAGGAGGUUGUGGCUGAAGUUCAGUGGAUGUACCAGGCGAUGGUUCACGAGCUGCUGGGGAUUAACAACAACCGCAUCGACCUCUCCCGGGUGCCGGGGAUGAGCCAAGACCAGCGGGAGGUGGUGCUGUCUGUGGAGAACGACGAGUUCUACGCCAGUGUAGGUUCCUAGUGGGACCUUAAUGGCUUCAGCCUGCCAGAGGGGAGGCUGAGAUGAGCUCUUAGGCAGAAGUUCUUCCCUGUGAGGGUGCUGAGGCGCUGGCAGAGGGUGCCCACGGGUUGGACCAAGACCCAAGGGUGUGUUUUCAAGGGGGGUUUCAGCACAAAUAUCCCUUGGUGCUGAACCCUGCAGCCACCCAGCAGCAAUGGCCCCAAGCUGCUCCUGAGAGCCAGGAGCUGGAACCGUGUGCUCGUUGCUGAGU